GAAAAGUGAAUGCAAGGCGAGUCCAAAAAAGGAACCGAAAAGGAAGGCAAAUAACAUGAAGUUGCUUAAUAAGCUCACUGCUUUCCAUGCCCCCUCCAUGCAGAGGGCCUCGCGGCCUUAAUCGAUGACGAACUCUCCCAGAUUUGAACACAUGAUAGGAUCCACUGACUACGGGCCAGACACUUCCUUCCGAAUUACUCGUCCCUGCCGAAUCUGUUCCGAUCGUAUCGCCUUCUUGAAGGCAUAUAAGAACCUUUAGGCCAGGAAAGCUGUUUCGGUUUCUAACUAGACUUUUCACUCGAUUGUCCAUCAAAAUUUACCAAAAUACUAUACGCAAUCCUCGCUGUCACUGUCGCUAUUGCUGUUGUCCUGCUUGGAAUGCUUGACAACCGCAUGAUCAUGAAACUUGCUAGCAUAUUCCGAGUUGGUGUCAAUUCUCCUUCAGAUACGCCACAGUCAACAUCUGCGGCGCGUCGGGCUCGACCCGCUACCCAAUACUAUUCAGCGCCAUCGAACUUGAAGCUGCCUUCUCCUGGUGUGCAAGACGACGGAGAAUCAGAAGCUUACUAUCCUCCGCUGACCGCUCCGCCAGAACCUGUGGGCUCAUCAGUAGCACCCUUUCAAAGAAGGGAACGCAUUUUAUUUUAUAACAAACAUGAACCUUACUACGAAUUCACGAAUUUCUCGCCACACGAUGUUGUCUACGCUGGGAAGAGAUACCCAACUAGCGAGCAUCUCUUCCAGUCUUUCAAAUUUUUGGACUCCCAGCCAGCCAUCGCGGAGCACAUCCGCAAGUGUGGGGACAAGCCGAGUGCCGUGUUCGACGAAGCUCAUCGUCACCAGAAGUGGGUUCGAUCUGACUGGAGACAAGUAAAUGUUGAGAAGAUGGAAGCUACACUUCGACUCAAGUUCACUCAGCAUACAGAUCUAAAGGCCUUACUUCUUGGCACUGGUAAUGCUGAACUAGUUGAGAACUCCCCAAAGGACUUCUUUUGGGGGAUAGGUGCUGAUGGCUCUGGACGCAACGAACUGGGAAAAGCACUUGAGAGAGUGCGCGACGAGCUUCGAUACGAUGACAAACCAAACAGGGUGCCCCCUGCCAGGCGUGACACGUCCCGAUUUUCGUUGCAAGACCUGACGUCGCUGGUUGUGGCAGUAGCAUCCCCCCAACCUUCGAUCCAAGCAUCGCAACGCCGCUCCGUUGUUUCCACGGGCAUGGGAAUCGGCCCACCCUCAACGGUACUACCUCAACAUCAAUUCCAAGCACCGCAACGUCUCUCCAUUGUUCCCGCAGGCAUGGCGAUCAGCCCGCAGUCAGCAUCUCCUCAGGACGCUGGGCUAUGCGAGUUUUGCCAGCAGAAACCGAAAUAUCAGCACCAUCCUUACUGUGGUAGGACAUGCGCUUCGCAAGCAGCGACCAUGUGCAAUCAUUGUCGCAGCAAACCAAAGUACGGCAAACAUCCUUAUUGUUCAAGGACUUGCGCUGUGCAAGCCGGAAAGGCAACCUAGAUUUGAAAAAAUCUUCCCGUUUGGAUAGUUGGUACUGUAAGAUUAUACUGCGUCGUGUGCGAGUCCAUAUUUGCUAUCUAUUACCGUUUCAAUAUGUCCGCGUCCACCUAAUUACCGCCCUUCCAUAAAGCCAGGUGUCGAUCCCCUCAGGGUCAAUUUGAGCAUCAGCGACGAACAACUACCCUUGGUAGAUGUUGCUCUGUUUCUUCUGUUCGCC